CCAGCCUUGUGUUUGCUCGAUGAUGGCGUGCUUCGAUUGCUUACGUCUUGCCAUGUGGGUCCUUUAACAGAAGACCGCUUGUACUACACGCAGAAAUGGCGAGUCUUGUUUCAAAGGACGCAUACCUUCAAAAACUAGCAAGUAAAGUGUGUGCAACGCAGAAUCAAGAACCACGAAAACGACCCUUUGUUCCAUACAGGAGCCGGGAGGCAGAUCAGCCAAAGAAGAAAAAAAAGGAGAAACCGAAUGGAAAAAAGACUUCAGAAGCCAAGCAAAGGAAGCCUGUAGUGAACACCACAAAGAAAGGAUCUUCUCAGCCAGCACCCAGCAAAGCUCAGACCACUGUGCUUGAUGGCACCAGUGGGACAGUUCUGAAUGGGACAGCUGUCAAGACAGCACAGGCACCCAAAGAUGCAAAGACUGCCACUGACUCCUUUUUUGCUGUGGAUAUUUUGCGUCAGAGACUGCAUGAAAAGAUUGAAGAGUCCCGUGGCAAUGGAAGUUCCAAGGGGCUGUCAGCUGAAGACUUGGCAAAGAAACGUGCACGAAGAAAGCAGGAGAGGGAGCGCAAGAAGAGGAAGAGGAAAGAGAUAAGGAUGAAGAAGCUCGCAGAGAAAACCGGAGAAGGUGAGACAGCUGAGGAGUCCAAGGGCGAUGGGGCGAAAGUCGAGAAUCCAGGUGGCACCGGAGGAAGAGGAGGAGCGGAGACCUCAAUAGUCUUCAACAAGGUGGACCUGAGCGGGGAGUACGUGAGCAAAGCCCAGCAGAAGAAGGAGAAGAGGAAGAAGAUCAAGGGCAACGUGACGCCGCUGACAGGGAAGAACUACAAGCAGCUCCUGGACCGCGUGGAGGCCCGGAAGGCAAAAGUGGAGGAGCUGCGGAGCAAAGACGAGGAGAAGGCCAAGGAGCUGGAGGAGAAGAUCAAGUGGACCAACGUGCUGUACAAGGCCGAGGGCCUGAAGAUCAAGGACAACGAGGAGCUCCUACGCCGCUCCCUCAAGCGGAAGGAGAAAAUGCGCGCCCAGAAGAAGAGGCGGUGGGAGCAGCGCAGCGAGAACGUGCUGGAGAAGAUGCAGAACCGCCAGGACAAACGGCGCAAGAACAUCCAGAAGAAGAAGCAAAGCAAAGCGGAGAAACGCAAGGACCGAGCCCGCAAAAAGGGCCGGAUCCUACCAGAGGACCUGAAGUAGGCCCAACGGGAAUGUGAACGAAGCACAGUAUUAUCGUUCUGGGCCAGCUCAGUCCCCCCCCUUAUCAAAUGUGGUUUUAAUUUGUUUCCACGUCCUGUGGGAAUUGUCAUUCACUGCCGCUGUGUGGUGGUCUCCUCUGAAGGUGGCAGCUCACUCCCACUGAUUCAUAGCAAACCCCCAUACCAGAGUUGUGUACAUCUACUGUUUCAACAUGUACAGUACAGGAGUGAGAAGACUCGUUUUUUUAAAAAAAAAAUGUGAAUAGGCUAAUAAAAA